UGUGUGUGUGUGUCUGUGUGUUGCGCGUAUGCGUACGUAUCAGUUAUUUCUUCUGUCUUUCGUAUUACAACAAAUAUUUCACCCAAAUGUAGCUUAGAAGCGUUAGUGGCCCAGUUUUCAAAGAAGAAACAUCCUGUUGCCGAUCAACAACUACCUUAUCGCCAACAAAUAUAAUAAACACAUUAAUUUCACUUAUAUCUGACAUACGCGGACACACAUUUAUUCCAGUUACAAUCUAACAGACACACAGGCAUUGUGCUCUCUUCGGAAACACUCUUAUAUUUUAUUGUUGCUUUCGGUAAAACAGCACCAAAUUUUGGUGUCACUUCGUGAGUGAUUCCUACUUUGUAUCCUUCCUUGGUCUCUUAUCCUAACAUUUAGACCCCUCAAACCCUGUCCUCAUUUACUUUGAGGUACCUCUCUGUCCUCUACCUCUGUCCCUCCGGUCCUCUAGCCAUUUCUUCCGCUCUUUGUUUCUGUCUCUCUCUCUCUCUGCCCUCCACCUCUGUCUCUAAUGUUCACUUGUUCACUUUCUGCUCAACUCUAACUGCUUCUUAUAUAGAAUAUGGCCAACUUAGCUAACAUCCACGCCAGGGAAAAUGUUAUUUCCGACGACUACAAAAUCACAGACAAAGUACUUGGUUUAGGAAUUAACGGCAAAGUAUUGGAAUGUUACCAUCGUAAAACUUGGGAGAAAUAUGCCUUGAAGGUUCUUCGAGAUGAACCGAAAUCAAGGCGAGAGGUAGAUCUUCAUCUAAGAGCCAAUGGUUGUAAGAACAUAGUCAAAAUUAUAGAUGUUUAUUACCAUCCGUUCCCCAAAGUUCCAUCAAUCUUAGUUGUUAUGGAAUGUAUGAAAGGUGGAGAAUUAUUUACUAGAAUCCAAGAAAGAACAAAUUCAGCAUUUACUGAACAAGAAGCUGCUGCCAUCAUCAGAGAUAUUGCUACUGCUAUUGAUCAUCUACAUUCUAUGGAUAUUGCCCAUCGAGACAUUAAGCCAGAAAAUUUAUUGUACAGUAACAAUUCUGAAGAUGGUAUAUUGAAGUUAACAGAUUUUGGUUUUGCAAAAGAGACGAACACGUCUAAAUCAUUGAAAACCCCCUGUUUUACUCCUUAUUAUGCAGCUCCUGAAGUCUUGGGUCCUGAGAAAUAUGACACAUCAUGUGACAUGUGGUCCCUGGGAGUCAUCAUGUACAUAUUGUUAUGUGGUUACCCUCCAUUCUAUAGCAACCAAGGCUUAGCGAUAUCUCCAGGAAUGAAGAAAAGAAUUCGACGCGGCCAGUAUGAUUUUCCACCUCAGGAAUGGUCCAAAGUCUCACAAGAAGCAAAAGACUUGAUAAAGGGUUUGUUAAAAACCGAUCCAGAUGAAAGACUAACGAUCCGUGAUGUGAUGUCUAAUCCUUGGGUUGGGAAUGUUGUUGAUGUUCCGCCAACUCCUCUUUUAUCUAUAAUGAACCUCCAAGAUGAUGCCUCAGAAUGGUACGAUGUUCAGGAAGAGAUGACUAACGCCCUCCAGAGUAUGCGAGUAGACUACCAUUAUCAUGUGAAGAACCCAAAAGAUUCCAAUAACAAACUGCUGCAAAAACGAAUGAAUAGACCGUAUGGUAGCAACAAACCAUUUAUUAACUUAAGAAAUUAGAAAUUUAAAGAAAGGCCAAUCAAAAUAUGAAUUGUGACUGUUCCAAAUUAGAGAGAAAAUUCCCAGCUCAGAAAUGUUUAGUUGAAGUCAAGCCUGAAAAUGUUCGCAGCAGAAUAAAAAAUCCUUGAGAAGAAGAAACUGGAUUUUAAACUUUUUUUUCGUCUUUAAUUUGAAAGAAAAAUUUUUUUUUAUACUUUUGUAAGAAUUUUUUGUUAUAUCGUAAUCUUUUAAUGGACAGAUUACUUAUUCUAGCUUGGACUGUGUAUGUGCCGGAGCAUAUGUAUAUUUUAUCAAUACAUCUUUUGUAGAUUUUUAAAACAAGUAUAAACUUAAUUUUAAACACACAUUUUAUGAGCUUAGAAUUAAAUGUUAAUGAAUCGUCUAAAUCUAAAAUAUAAGUGUUUAAAAAUAUUGUAGCAGAAAGUAUUAUUAUUUUAACAUACACAAAACCAUUUCAUUCAGAGCAGGACUUGACUCCAGUUUGAGAUAUAUUUAGUAUAAAACAAGAAGAAAUUUCAAACAAAUAACCACGUCUGAGCUUCAGAACCAUGUGAAACGCAACUAAAAUGUUUUUCUGCAUUUCAUUCGGGUAUUGUGAGAAUUUUUAUGGAAGCUUGAAUUUAAGGUCACUUGAAAAUAAUUAUGAAAUACAACGAACAUAUAUUGGCAAUACUUUACAUGGCUGCAAGAGUCCUUCAUAUCGGUUAAACUGUGUUAAACAAGGUUAAGUGAAUGCAUUUCAUCAACUACUGUCACUUAAGUUUUCUCUUUUAUAUUAAUAGUUCAAUGAAGGACCAUGGGAAAUGUUUAUUUCUUUUCUUUUUAUAAUUUUAAUUUUUUUUUUUUAAUAAUUUUAUUCUUCAUAAAAAAAGAAAAACAAUUUAACCAACUUAUCCAGACCCGAAUUAUUGCUCUCACCCCACCGAACACCAUAUCAAAAGCUUCGUUAGUUUUGUAAAUAAAAGUAAUUACUGGAUACAGUGAUGGGUUCA